AUGGCCAUGGACGGGUCGGCCGGAGUCGAAGACACCUCUCAGGGCCAGACGACCGCGACGCCGCCUCUCGCCGUUCCCCACAGCCCGACGGCACGUUCCGAUCCGGACGCCUCUGCCGACGACGAGCUGAGCCUCAUCCCCCUUCAGGACGACUAUCGCACCGACUCUCGUACCUCGAGCCUCCGUCACCGCACCGCAGCCAGCGUCGCAGCCUCGAGCCCAGCACCGCGUGAGGCGACUAGCAGACCGAGGUCGACCGUCGCUGGCCACUGGAGGCUACCGCUGCCUUCACAUGGCAGUCCCGACCCCGGUAUCUCGAGCCGGCAUGCGGCUCAAGGGCUAUCGAACUGGUCUUCCAUCAGUAGUUCUGCUGCCUCCGACGACCACCUCAACGGCUUCGAACACAGCAGACGUGCUGGCGGUGGCGCGAGUGGCAACCACGACCUCCCUCGCGGCUCUCGCCUACGUGCCACUCCAUUGCUGUGUCGGCCGACGAUGACUUCGGCCCUCGUGUCCUGGGCGUCUAGGCACAAGCGAGCCGCCACGCUCGCCUUGGUCGCCCUCUCGCUCUACGUCCAGCUCCAGCUGGUCGGCCCCUACAUUUCCCAGCUCGACUCGUACCGCAGCAUCAAGGAGAGCGACUGGCAGAGCUGGCGAUGGAACCCGCCAGAUCACUCCUCCUCGAGACCCGGAGCCGCGUCGGCUGGACCUGCCUCGGAUGUCGCGCCAUCGCCGGCAGCGCCGUCAGCAGCGGGGUCAGCCCCUGCCUCGGCUUCGGCAUCGCCAUACCCCAUUCCUGGCUCCUCUGACGGCAGCAACCUCGUAUCGAGCAGCGAUCCGCGCCUCGGUGCCAACAUCUCAUUCCAAGUGCAGCCCGUCACUCCGGCUGUCUUCCCCGCCGCCCUCGAUCCGACAGCAUUCAGCGCCGACGUCGAUGUCGCCAGCCAGCUCUAUGCGGACUUCGAUCCACACCGCGGGGAGCUGCCUACACACCUCCGCGGCGUGCUGGAGCGAGAGCCGGUGCUGGUCCCGCCUCCUCAACCGCCCAAGGCCCCCAAGAUCAAGCCCGAGAUGUGGCCGAAGCGGGCCUGGUACGCCCGAUCCAACUCGACCAUGCGCGAUGCUCAGCGGCCGGAGCGGCAGCCGGUCGAAGAAGAUUGGCGGCCACCGCCGUGGGACAGCUGGCGCCCGCCGCUCGCCGAGUUGGGUGCAGCCUCCCGAGGCCGUCCGCUGCCGAAGGUGCAGCACGCUUUCACGGACCCGAGGAAGCACUCGGGCCAUCGCAAUGACCCGGCGCGCGAUGAGCUCAACGCGUACCGGCAGAGGCUGGUCCGCAACGCCUUUCUGCACGCCUGGGAGGGCUACAAGAAGCACGCCUGGGGCCACGAUGAGCUGCGGCCAGUCAGCAAGCGGGCGCAGGACAACUUCAAUGGCUGGGGCGCCACCAUCGUCGACGCCCUCGACACGCUCCUCGUCAUGGAUCUGCCAGACCAGUACGACCUGGCACGCCAGCAUGUCCGCGACAUCGACUUUACCCUGGUCGCGGGUGAUCGCAGUGCCUACGGUGCAGCCGACGGUCGCAUCCCCGUCUUCGAGACGGCCAUCCGCUACCUCGGCGGCUUCCUGUCGGCCUAUGACCUGAGCGGCGAUACGCUGAUGCGCGACCGCGCCGAGGAGCUGGCGCAGCUCAUUUUGCCGGCGUUUGACACGGCCACUGGCGUGCCCGUCGGCCGGAUCAAGAUGCCCAAACCCUUUGCAUCGUCGUCGACGUCGGAACCCGAGGUGGAGCGGCCGUACGCGCCGCCGCGACAGCAGGGGAGCGUGGUCCUGGCCGAGGCAGGCAGCAUGCUGCUCGAGUUCACGCGGCUGUGGCAGGUGACGGGCAACCGCACCUACUUUGACCGGGUGCAGCGCUCGACCGACUGGCUCGACCACAACAUGACCAGGGACGGUCGGCCGGGCACGCUGCUGUCGACGACCCUCUACCCGGACCGCCGCACGCUGUACGGCUCCUACCGCUUCGGCGGCAUGGCCGACUCGUACUACGAGUACCUGAUCAAGGAGCACCAGCUGCUGGGCGGCAAGCUGCCGCAGUACCCGCGCAUGUACGGCGACGCGAUCGACUCGGCCAAGUUCUUCCUGAUGCAGGAGGUCGACACGGUGCCUGGCGUGCGGCUGCUCAACAUCGGCGAACGCUCCUAUGGCCGCUUCACGUCGAAGCUCGAGCACCUCACCUGCUUCAGCGGCGGCAUGCUGGGCCUGGGCGCGCGGCUGAUGCCGGAGCGCCGAGGCGACGUCGACCUGGCCACCGCCUUCACCGAGACCUGCUACUGGGCCUACAACAGCUCGGCGACCGGGCUGGGGCCCGAGCACCUCGUCUUCUACGCCUCCGACGACUCCUCGCGCUUCCACCUCAUCAGCCUCGAGGACGGCACGCAGCGGCGCGGCAAGGCGCGCGGAUCGCCGCUGGUCGGCGUCUCGUCGUCGGCGGGCCACUACCUCAACCGACCAGAGACGAUCGAGAGCGUCUUUUACAUGUGGCGCAUCACGGGCGACGUCCAGUGGCAGGAGCGCGGAUGGCAGAUGUUCGCCUCGUGGGUCUACCACGCCAUGACCGACGCCGGCUUCUCUGCCAUCCAUGACGUGCACAGCGUCCCCGCCGACUGGACCGACAGUAUGGAGAGCUUCACCUUCGCCGAGACCUUCAAGUACUACUACCUCCUCUUUUCGCCGCCGGAGCUCGUCUCGCUGGACGAGUACGUCUUCACCACCGAGGCGCACCCGCUGCUGGCGCCCAAGAAGGGCCAAUGGGCCGUCCCCGGGCAGGGGAGCCGUCGGUUCUGGAACGGGCCCAGGCAGGCAGCGGCACAGGCAGCGGGCAAUGACGGAGACGGGUCCGCGGCGUACAGCGGCGGCGAGGGGGGCGAGUACGGCGGCCUGACCAACAACCAGAAGCACGCCGUGUACGACAUCUGGCGGCAGAAGAACGCCAAGGUGGUGGUGGCCAGUAGCCUGAUCGAGACCCUGGGCGCCGACGCGCUCAAGUCGACGCUCAAGGGCCUGCUCGGCGGCGUCGACUGGGACAAGCUGGUGCCCACCCGCGGCGGCGGCGGCAAGAGUGGGAGCGACGUCGCGGGGGGCGCGACGGCUCGCAGCGACGACGGCGAGGCGCCCACCUGCGACGCCGAGCACCCUUGCGACGGCGAUGCACAGCUCGGCGAGGGGAUAGGGGAGCUUCCGGCCGGCGCUCAGCUGAUCGAGUUUGCCGACGGCACGUUUGCCCUCGAUUUGGGCGAGGGCGAGUCGGACUUUCGCCUGAAGCUGCUGGCCGCAGCGGCGGCGGCUGCAUCGAGGCAGGCCGAGAAUGGGGGAGAAAGCGAGGCUCAGGUGGCGGGCGCUGCAGCAUCGACACCGCCGUCGUCGUCGUUGUCAGGGAGCCGCCGUCCGCUCACCGCGAAGGAAGAGGAGGAGGAGGAGGAGGCGGCCGAGGUCCACCGCCUCAACCAGAUGCAGGCCGCCAGGUUCCGCUCCAAGGGCCUCGUGGCUCCCGACCGCAGCAAGGGCCAGAAGCGGAGGCUCGACUCGCAGUGA